AUGAAAGUUGGGGGGAAAGCUGGUGGAAAGGCCAAGUCUCUGUCAGAAAGGAGAAGAGCUAAAUCCCAACCAUCGCCAAGACAAUCUAGGUAUCCUCGAAGAUCCGUAUCCAGGAAGUGCUACAAAGAAGAUGAUGUUCCUGAUGAUGAUCAUUACAUCUAUUGUGAGGACUGUCAUGAGGUCUUUGAGGGUGAGUGUUCCAAACAUCCCCUCACCAUCAUCAAAGACAACCCCAUCGCUAAAGGCUGUAAGGACAGAGCAAUAAAGACUCUACCAGAUGGUCUAAUGGUCAAGCAGUCAUCAAUACCAGGGGCUGGUCAGGGAGUCUUUGCUACCAAGUUCAUUCCUAAAGGAUAUCGUUUUGGCCCUUAUGAGGGCGACAUUGUAGACCUGGAAACCGGAUAUGAUAGUGGAUAUGCUUGGGAGAUCUGUACAGAAAGCAAAGCCCACCACUACGUUGACAGUAACAGUGAGCUAACAGGAAACUGGAUGAGAUACAUCAAUUGUGCACGCAAUGAGGGUGAACAGAACCUUGUAGCAUUUCAGUACCUUGGUGAGAUCUACUAUCGUACCUUUAAACCGAUCUGUCCAGGAAGGGAGCUACUGGUCUACUAUGGGGAGCAGUACGCUAAGGAUCUCGGUAUCACAUCACAGCUCAAUAAACUCAGUGUAGAAACAGAUUCUGGAGUCUAUAGAUGUGAGUACUGUGGAUCACUCUAUGCUAUUCCUCUGGUCCUGGCAAGGCAUCUCAAGUACAAACAUGGUCAUCGUGGUGUCAUCCCUCCAGCAGAUGCACCCAAGGAGGACAUUCUACAGUUCAUCAAAGGAGAAAUACGAAAACCUGCUCUCAGUAGAGUGAUGAAGAUCAACACUAAUAUAAUAAAUCAUGGUAGCAAGGCUGUGUCUAAUUCUAAGAUCAGAAAUUAUUGUAAAGCAGAGAUGAAAUGCUUUGAUGAAAAUAAGAUACCUAAACAUGACCUCUUUGCAGGUGAUGUUGAAAAUAUCAAAACAAAUAGGAACUCUGAUAUUUUUGAUAAAGAAUGUAAUGAAUUUCCAGAUAAUAACUCAGAAGGUAAAGAAAAUCAUGUUGGUGAAAUAUUGUGUACUAUUGAACACAAUCCCACAAAACAUAAACUAAUUCAUGAGAAGCCCUAUGUAUGUGAUCAAUGUGGUAAGGCAUUUAAUCAAGAUACAGAUCUCACAAGACAUAAACGAAUCCAUACAGGUGAGAAGCCCUAUGUAUGUGAUCAAUGUGGUAAGGCAUUUAAUCGUGAACAUCAUCUCACAACACAUAAACGUAUCCAUACAGGUGAGAAGCCCUAUGUAUGUGAUCAAUGUGGUAAGGCAUUUAGUGAUGGAAGUACUUUCAGAAAACAUAAACGAAUCCAUACAGGUGAGAAGCCCUAUGUAUGUGAUCAAUGUGGUAAGGCAUUUAAUCUAGAAGGUAAUCUCAGAACACAUAAACGAAUCCAUACAGGUGAGAAGCCCUAUGUAUGUGAUCAAUGUGGUAAGGCAUUUAAUCAAGAAAUAAGUCUCACAAGACAUAAACGAAUCCAUACAGGUGAGAAGCCCUAUGUAUGUGAUCAAUGUGGUAAGGCAUUUAAUCUAGAUGCAGAUCUCACAAAACAUAAACGAAUCCAUACAGGUGAGAAGCCCUAUGUAUGUGAUCAAUGUGGUAAGGCAUUUAGCGAUGGAAGUUAUUACAGAAGACAUAAGCGAAAGUGUCUCGGUGCAAACACACAGUGCAAUAAGAAAACUGUGCAGUCAGAAAUGAACGUCAUACAAACCAAUGAAAUAUAACCCUUGUGUAUUAUGCAGUUUUCAAGACAUGAACCUCCUUAGGUAAUUACCAAAUUCAUUUAAUUGGGAUAUGAAUUACAUGAUAUUUCAAAUGCAUAAAUAGAUUUUUUUUAGCGAAUGAUUCCAUUCUAGAAUUUAGAAGCUUUCAAAUUUGAAAUGAAAACAAUUAAUCUAAAUGAAAUUCAUUAACUUGAUCAUUUAUUUAUCUGCUUUUUCCCUUAAUUAGUUCAUAGC